UCUACAAACUACUUUGUGUAGCAAAGCUGCUGAUUUUACUGACACAGGAGUCUCACUCACAACUAGAUGUAUCGCUCCCACCACCCAUGACGCUCCAGGAGGUGGAGGUCCCUGUUGUGGGGAACAGGCAGUGUAACUGCAACUAUGGAAUGGGAUCCAUCACAGACAACAUGAUCUGUGCUGGGUUGGCUGCUGGAGGAAAGGACUCCUGUCAGGGAGAUUCAGGUGGCCCAAUGGUAAGCAAAAAAGAUGGUCGUUGGAUCCAGUCUGGCAUUGUGAGUUUUGGUAAUGGUUGUGCUGAGCCUGAUUCCCCAGGGGUCUAUGCCAGAGUGUCCCAGUAUCAGUCAUGGAUCAACAGCCACAUUAGCAGCAACCAGCCUGGCUUUGUUACCUUCACCUCCACUGGAAUUGAUGGAGAUCUCAGUGUGUCAUGUGACGGCCUGCCACCACCUCCAACCACCAUUCCUACGACAACCACACCCAAACCUGUGGUGUGCGGCAGUGCUCCUUUAAACUCACGUAUUGGAGGACGCACAUUGGCGGGAGUGGGUUUGUGGCCGUGGAUGGCCAGUUUACAGAAGAAAGGAGUGCAUGUCUGUGGUGGGACACUGGUGGCGGAGGAGUUUGUAAUGAGUGAUGCUAGCUGCUUCUCUAGCGAACCCGAUGUCUCUGAAUGGACUGUGAUCCUGGGUCGUUUGAAGCAAAAUGGAUCUAAUCCCUUUGAGGUGACACGGGCGGUAACAAACAUCACGUUCAGCAACUUGACCAGCGACAACAUAGCAGUGCUGCACCUGCGCAGUCGGCCUGUGCUCACUGAAUACAUCCAGCCUAUUUGCCUGGAUGACGGUCAAACAGUUUUCCCCGUCGGCUCUACAUGCUGGGCAGCUGGCUGGGGCGCUGGUGGAGGGGGAGAAGAACAGGUUCUGCAGGAGAUCCAGACGUCCGUGGUGAACUGCGCAACCGUGUCGUCAGAUGAGAGUAUUUGUACGGGCACUGUGAUGCUGCAGCAGGGGGAUGCUGGAGGUCCGCUGAUGUGCAAGCGGGGCGGCUCUUGGAUCCAGGCGGCGGUGUUGACCACAGCCAGCGGUGGCAGCAACCGAACGCAAUCACAGACAAGCACCUCACCAAUGGUCUUCUCCAGAACAGCCCGCUUUGAGUCCUUCCUUCGUCAGACAGUGGGAGACUUCUUAUCCGCUGCAGUUACAGCCACCACAGGUCCCUCCAUCUCCCCCUCCAAAAAGACCACCACCACCACCUCCGCCACUCACUCUGCCUUCUCCUCCCUCCUUCUGCUCUGCUCUAUGUGUCUUGUAUCGCUCCAGUAAAUGACUUGAACGUGUGUAACCCAUCACAUAUGUUGUGACGGGAUGUGAUUUUGAGACACACAAUAUGUGCUGGUGUUUUUCUGUUUUAUAUUUAGAUUCAAGGAUGCUCAGUGUGGUGUAUCAUGAGAUAGGAUGUUUUCAGUCAUCUCUGAUAACUAGACUGAAUAAUUGGAGCAUUUUUCCCUUUCAAAUUAUACUACAUAUUGACCGAAUCAAGAUUCCUCUAUGUAAACAUGCAUGUUUGAUAUAUAUAUAAUAUUCUGGAGAUUUUUCCUAGCAAUGGCUUUUUUUUUUCUUUGAGUGGAGAACAUUUUAAAAAGUUAUCUGUGAAAACUUACAAUCUGAAAUUAUUAGUAAGAGAACUGUUGGUGUUUUAUCAACUCAACCAGAGUAAUGAGUUUUGUUUGAGAGUUGGGAAUCUAUCUCUUCUAAAUGAAGGUUACUGCAAUGGAACUCUCUUUUUAAAAUGUGAUUGUACUUUAUGUACACAAACCACUCCAUUGGAGUGAAUACUCGUGGUAUUUUUCAUUUACUGUAUCAAGUAGGGAUGCACCGAUGUGGACAUGGCUUUGGAUAUUGGGCCAAUACUAAGAUAAAAUGGAGUUUUGGUAUCAGAGAUUUUACCCAAGACUAAAAUCCAAUACCAAAAGCCAUGAGUAACAUGUCAUAAACAAAAGCAAAAUGGUACGAUUUAUUGCACUUUUGGCACAUAGAAAUCUGUAUUAAAAUGAUGGUGGGGAAAAACGUAUUCCUUCUCAGUUGUUUUGCUGUUGAUCCUUUACUGUUUUGAACUCAGAGUCGUUAUUGGCAGUGCCAUCCUUAGUAUUAAGUCAUUUGAUGUAAACUUUGAGAAGUUUCCUUUAACCUUUUGCCUCAUAUGAUAAUGGCAGAGAAUGCAAAUACUUUUGGAGGUAUAUUAAGUUUCAAAGAAAUUAGUAUAUGUUUUUCAUUGCAGGAAAUGUGUUUACCAAACUUAUAAAUAAGAACAACAGCAAAUAAAAAAAUGU